AUGGCGUUGGUUACAAGAGGCACCGAAAACACCCAAAUCAGUUGCGCAAUCAAGGCAAGUAAUGAACUUGUAAAGAAUUUACACCGCGAUGGUUUGGAUCGUGGGUGCAUUGCGACAUUUAAUAGUAGAAUGGUUGUGAGACAGAAUUUUACUAGAGAUGAAGCAAUACUUUAUCGUUCUCUUAACAGUUUAAAGAACUAUGUUAGUGGCUCCACUCGUCUUUAUGAUAGUAUUGUUGAUAUCAUAAAAACCUUUCAUAGUAGUGGUGAUCGAACUCGUCCUUGGAUUUUGGUUGUUGUAACUGAUGGUGAUGACACUGGCAGUAGUCUCAGUUUACUUAAAUCUGCCAGUGAAAUAUCUCGAUUAUUUACUAAAGAUUCUAGCAACUUUUUGUUUCUUGUCGGUGUCGGUGAUGAUAUGGCUAGUGCUGGCAACUUCAUCUACUUUCCUGUUAAAGACUUUUUCCUUCUUGAACUUGUAUUCCUGACUAUCGCCCAUAAAAUCACUACAUCUCUAUCUCUCUCUCUUGGUAGUCUUUCUGUCGGUAACUAUAACGCAUCAUGGGCUGAAGUUCAAAGGCAUAGAAAUCUCAGUAAAGUCGCCAUUGAUUAUGCUUUAUUGAUCGAUGUAUCUAGUUCAAUGAAUAGUAUAAUAAAACCACCUGCACCUCAAUGUUUUGCCGGUCAUGACUUGAAACAAAAGUAUCGUCAUGGUGAGUGGUGGUGUGAUAUCUGUGGAAAAGAUGGUCUAACUUCAACUUCUCCAUAUCACUGUGACACCUGCAAUUUUGAUGCUUGUUCUAGCCAUUGUAAACCUGGUGAAAUAUGCGAACCUAAAAGUCGCUGCCAGAAUCGUCAUCCUCUUCGUUAUGCGCAAACUCCUACAAUGUGGAUGUGUGAUGAAUGUAGAAAGAUUUGUUAUGGAAGACGUUUACAAUGUAAACAAUGCGAUUAUGAAUUAUGUUCAACAUGUUUGGCAAAUGAGGAUCUUGCUUAUUUGAUGGCAAGUUUGCUCAUCGCCUCAAGAUGA